AUGCCAUCCUCAACCCCCGCUGGCGCUUCCUCUACCCCCGAUGCCCUCGAGUCUGACCUUCUCACGAAACUCGCUGCUACAUCCGCACUAGAAGAGCUGCAAGAGACACUUCUGGGCUCAUUACACCGCGCAGGGUGGACGGAAAAGGUUACCAGCCUCGCCACCGAACUCCUCCGCGCCGGCCGCUGCGAGACAUUCGACGAUGUGAUGGAAGCGGUAGUGGCCUCAGCGGAGGGAAGAUCUCAUCCUGCGCUGGGCUCAAAACACUCCGGAGAACAGAACGGAGAAGCGACUUCGAACGGCACAAAAGAAGGAAAGGCCAAUGGAACCAAAAGGGGCGGCAAAGCAGGAUCCAAUAAUACAGACAACACCCCAUACGACCCUUUGAAAUAUAUUGAAGAGGUCGACGUGCGCAUCCCAGACACGGUGGUGGACGAGGGAGUGCGCGGUCUCAAGGACAUAUUGAGGGAAAUGGUCGAUAUGGAAGACGAGGGUGUUUCGAAUGGAGAAAAGAAGUAA